UCAUUCGGGUAAUCAAGCCCGGUUCGGUUAAGAAAUAAAAGAAAUAAAAAAAACGCAUAAAUAAGUCAGUUCAAAAUAUUGCUCUGAAGAUUUAUCAAACCCUAGCGCAGCCAGCACCACCGCCACCACCAGCACGUUCAGCCACCGUCUAGUGUUGUGAAAAGGGAGAUGGGGACCAAGGCAAAGAAAGCUAUGAAGAAGAACAUGAAAAGGGUUACCGCUAAAAUUAAGCCUUCCGAGGGUGCUGAUUUUUUGCCUUUAGCGGGUGGUCCGGGUCGCAAACUUCCUGAAUUGAAACCUCUGGAGAACACUUCACCUGUUUUGUACAUUGGUAGAAUUCCACAUGGCUUCUAUGAGAAGGAGAUGGAAGCUUAUUUUGCACAAUUUGGAACCAUCAAGAGAAUGAGAAUAGCCCGAAAUAAAAAGACCGGAAAAUCUAGACAUUUUGGGUUCAUAGAAUUUGAAUCACCCGAGGUUGCAAAAAUUGUUGCUGAUACUAUGCACAAUUAUUUACUUUUCGAACACCUUCUUCAGGUUUAUGUGGUGCCUUUAGAAAAUGUUCAUCCAAGAUUAUGGAAAGGAUUCAAUUACCGUUACAAGCCCUUGGACUCUCUCCAAAUCGAACGAGAGCGACAUGACAAGGAAAGGACACUGGAAGAACAUAAGAAGUUGGUUGACAGAGUUAUGAAACGUGACAAAAAACGCCGUAAAAGGAUAGAGGCUGCUGGCAUUGAUUAUGAAUGUCCCCAGAUUGUGGGUAACCUCCAACCUGCUCCAAAGAAGAUAAAGUUCGAAGACUGAGUAGAUGGAAGCUGAUGAUGGUUUAGCAUGUCAUGAAGGAUGAUGACCAGAAAGUGUUUUGUAGGAUUUUUAAAUUACCUAAUGAACUAUGGGGCAAGAGCCUCCUCCAGUUUUGUUUUUGAGAAUCUCUGAACAUUUAGGAAAAUAUUUGUGGAAGUGUAAUCCAUUUCACUAGUCACUAGUUUUUGUUGCAGUUGAUGAACCAGUUUAUUGGUUUUGGAUACUGAACUAGACAUUGUUGACAGUAAAGAUCAUACAUCUUGAAAUAUGGAUAUGUUAUGCUUAGGUCAAGUUGACAAUUA